CCUAGACGAAAUCAAACUCAUCCCAAGUCCUUGAAAAAAAUGCCAGUCUACCCAUCUGAUUCCGACAACGACACAGCGCCACCGGGGAAACUGUUUGGUCGCACAAGGCCGAUGCACGAAGUACUUGGUGGAGGACAAGUGGCGGAUAUAUUGCUGUGGAGGAACAGAAACUUCUCCGCGGCACUCUUGGCCGGGACGACGUUGAUAUGGUUUCUGUUCGAGGUCGUGGAGUACAAUUUCGUGACCCUCUUAUGUCAUAUCUCCAUCACAGCAAUGCUGGGGAUCUUCAUAUGGCAAAAGGCCGCAGAGAUCAUGAAUUGGGAAGCUCCCCAGAUCCCACAGGUCAUGUUUACGUUUGAUUAUGUCGCUUCAACCUUUCAUGGAAGAUUCAACCAGCUCUUGUCGAAGCUGAUCGACAUUGCAAGCGGGAGAGAUUUUGGUCAAUUCAUAUUGGCAAUUAUCAUUCUCUACGUGUCGUCAGUGAUUGGAAGCUGCUUCAGCUUCUUGAACCUCCUCUAUCUGGGGCUUUUCUGCAUGGAGACGGUGCCAUUCCUGUACGACCGGUUCGAGGAAGAAGUCGACAUGCUGGUUGGCAGGAUGGUAAGGGAGAUGAGGAGGGUUUACAGAAGGUUUGAUGCGCAAUUUCUGAACAAGAUUCCGAGGGGGCCGGUCAAAGAAAAGAAAACCAGAUAGAUUCAUGCUCAUACGACUACAUAGACAUAAAAGUCCGACGAUGCCAGAAGCUUCAUACCCCACAGGAAGAGUUAAUUUCUUUUUGUUGUAAAGUAACUAAGCAUGUAAUUAUAUAUGUAAAUGGUGUCUGCGAAAUUCUUGCAGCUUAGUAAAAAUCAAAUAAGAUGAAUGAAUCAACAGUUCACGUGAGAA